GCCUGCAGGUGGCAGCAGGUGUAUUUUCACAGCCGGACUGUGGCGUGAUGCGGAAGCGGUAGUCUGCUCAGUGGCUGCAGGAUGGUGGAGGAUCUGUGAGAGGAGGCUGCGACAUGUUUACAUGAAGUGUGAAGAAGGUUUCAGCGAGCAGACAUGAAGACUGUGUUUGUGACCGUCGGCACCACGAGCUUCGAUGAGCUGAUAGGAAACAUCACGUCCACAGAGAGUGUCCAGGCUUUAAAGGCUCGUGGAUAUGAGUGUUUGGUUCUUCAGGUUGGAAGAGGAUCUCUUCUUCCAGCUGCUGACAGCUGUCCUCACAUCAGGCUGGAGGCUUUUCGAUUCAAAGACUCUAUAGCGGAGGACAUGAAGCGGGCUGACCUCGUCAUCAGCCACGCAGGGGCAGGAAGUUGUUUGGAGGCGCUCGGUGCAGGAAAACCUCUGCUCGUCGUCGUUAAUGACAAACUGAUGAACAACCACCAACUGGAGCUGGCCCAGCAGCUACACUUGGACUCCCACCUGUUGUACUGCACAUGCAGCACGCUGACAGAAAAACUGACGACCAUGGAUCUCUCUGUUCUUCAGCCCCUCUUACCGGGACGGCCGAAAAACUUUGCAAACUUUUUAGACAAAGCUCUGGGUGUUGAGUGAAAUUUAACAUUUUACAGCCCUGGUUUGUUUGUUUGAUUUUCUGAAUAUCAUGUUGUAGUUAAUUGUGAAACUGCUGAACUCAAAUAUCUUUUCUAUUUCUGAAUGUAAUAAUAAUAAUAAUAAUAACUUCUAAUUUAAA